AAUCCCCUCAAAGGAAAUGUAGGCGCGCAAAGAGCGGCUGAGCGAACCGGUUAACCCUCGCGCGCAAACACAGAAACGGAAACUGUAGCGUGAUAAUUACAGUAACAAUAAUAAUAAUAAUAAUAAUAAUAAUAAUAAGGAAUCAUGAAGGUGUCGAGUAUAGACAGCCGCCAUUUAAAGAAAAUCCUGCGCAAGGAGAGCGGGAAGUGUUUAAUCCUGGACUGUAGACCGUACUUGUCGUUCGCCAGCUCGAGCGUGCGCGGCUCGGUGAACGUCAACCUGAACUCGGUGGUGGUGCGCAGGUCGCGCGGCGCCCCGGUGCCGCUGCGCUUCGUCGUGCCGGACGAGCAGGCGCUGUUCCGGCUGCGCGAGGGCGGCGUGUCGGUGGUGGUGGCGCUGGACGAGGGCACGCCGCAUCUGCACAAGCUGAAGAAGGACAGCGUCGCGCGCCUCGCCAUCCACAGCCUCGCGCACCUCGCCAGCUGCGCCAACAUCUGCUUCCUGAAAGGAGGCUACGAGAGCUUCCACGGGCACUACCCCGAACUGUGCACCGAGGCCAAGCCGGCUCAGGAGCGCAGCGCACCAGACCCGGCGGAAGUGCAGCCCGGGACAGAUUACACUCAGGACGGUCCGGUGGAGCUGUUGCCCUUCCUGUACCUGGGCAGCGCUCACCAUGCGCUCCGACACGACUGCCUGAGCGAGCUGCGCAUCACGGCGUUGUUGAACGUGUCACGGCGGGACUGGCAGUGCGCCGGGGGGCCACAACGCUACAAACGCAUCGCUGUGGAGGACAGUCACACGGCCGAUAUCGGCUCACACUUCCAGGAGGCCAUUGACUUCAUUGAUGAGGUGAAGCGAGAAGGUGGAAAGGUGCUAGUGCACUGCGAGGCGGGCAUUUCUCGCUCGCCCACCAUCUGCAUGGCGUACCUGAUGAAGACACAGAGGCUGCGUCUGGAGGAGGCGUUCGACGCCGUGAGGCAGCGGCGCGCCGUCAUCUCGCCCAACUUCAGCUUCAUGGGCCAGCUGCUGCAGUUUGAGAACGAGGUCCUGGCGUCUGCGCCGGACAGCAAUAUCGAAAACCACGAUGACGAACGCAAGAGUGACGAGUUCACGAUCGAUAAGAGCUUCGAGUCAUCCGUUUUCUCCUUCCCUACCUCCUUCCUGGCGCCCAUCAAACUCGGUCCCAUCGCCUCCCUGACUACUUGAAAUAUAAAGGAAUUUUUUUUUAAAAAGCAAUACCUUAGAAAGAAAUGAAGACUGUUCCUACACGACCUCGUCGACAAGAUAUUGUGACCGGGAGUUCAAACUUUGGCAGCAAAAAAAAAACAAUGUAGCUGAGAUAAUAUUUUUUCAACUUUGCCAAAGUUCUUUCUGCUUUCUAACUAGCUAGCAUGGUAACGAUCCAAAAUUUUGACUAGUUACCGUGCUAGAUGAUUUGCUACGUACAUAGAGUGGGAAUUAGCCUCCUUGCUAAUUAGCUAGCAGAGUAAAGGAAUAAAAGUCGUCACCUGUCAUGUGGUUUGCUACAUAAACAACACGAAACGACACAGCAAACCCAAAUUUUCAAACUUGUGAAAUUUCAAUGAUAUUUACACCAUUUACGAAAAAGGAAAUUGCGAUCAGAUUGCAAAGCUCUCUGGGUAAAUUUUCCUCCCGAAGUCUGCACUGAUGUUCACUCGAUCUCCCUGCCCUCCAAGGGCUUGGUCUUGAAGCUUGAACUUUAUUCAAUCUGAAAGAUGCACUGGAAAGGAAGGCUGUUAGGACGGCAACGGGGAUUCGGUGUCGAAUCGAAUGGAAGUCGAUGUUUGAUCGUGUUUAAAAGACUGCAUGGAAGUGAGUGUUGUUUUGGUGUUUGCCUUAGAACACACUGCAAUAUAAGCCUUAGAUUAAUGAUCAUUCAUGCCUCCUUGUGACACACUCUAAGGCUUUUCAUAUUAAUUUAUUAAUUUUUAAAAAAAUAAUUGUUUUCUUUCUUCUUUUUUUUUUAAAUCAAUUGUGAAUCUGUUAAUAAAUGUUUUGUACAUAAAAGUGGA